AUGGCAGCAGCCGGUCUUUCAAGAACCUGCAACGGGACACGGACGAUUACUCUAGUACAAACAGAUCUAGAAGAUACCGGACAAGAUUCGGUCAACGCGGAAAGUUCUGCUGGCACACUAAUCCUACGGGGUGGCAAUCUUGCACAAGAGAGAAAAGUAAAAUGGGACGAGAAUGUGAUUGACAAUGAAGGCGCGAACAAAAAAAAAUCAAAAAUUUGCUGCAUAUAUCACAGGCCUCGUGUGUUUGGGGAAUCUUCAGAUGAUUCGGACAGUAGUGGUACUGAUAGCGAAUCAGACCACGACCAUUGUCAUGAUGAUAUGAAACAGCAUCACUGUCAUAAUGGGCAAAGCAAAGGAAAACACGCUAGUCGAUUAGAAAAGCGUCCGAAUGCCUAUGAACGACAACCGCGAUACAAGGAUAGAUCAAAACCACCGGAUCCAUCUAAACAGCAUCCAACUGAUCGUAAUAAAAAUGACUAA